AUGGCCGCUUCCCGCUUACCCCUAGCAACACUAAUGUUAAAGCAGUUCAUCAGAAGGCAACAAGUUCUCCUCUACAGAAGGAUUUUCCAAACAAUUCAGCAAGUUCCAAAUGAUUCUGAUCGCAAAUACCUGAAGGAUUGGGCAAGGGAAGAAUUCAAAAGAAACAAAAGUGCCACCGAAGAGGAUACAAUUCGGAUGAUGAUUACUCAAGGCAAUAUGCAGCUCAAGGAGUUAGAAAAAACACUGGCUUUAGCAAAAUCUUAA